CAAGGCACUAAACGUUAACGUCAGUUUCAUUUUCCUUUUUUUUUCUUCUUCGAAAAGACCAACGCCGUUAACGUAUCUUUGUGGUUCCGGUCCCGAAGCUUUAGGGUCGUGCAUAAAAAUAGCCUAAUAAACCUAUUUCAGUAGUACCAUUCGUUUCCUUUCUCAUCACGUUGGAUCGAAAUCGGAGAAAGUAAAAAAGACGACAAUGGCGACGGAAGAAUCUCUGAUGGACAAGAUCCACGAUCACGAUUCAUCGUCCUCGUCUGAUUCCGAGCACGAGAAACCAGAGUCUCCCUCCGCUUUGAAGGCCAAGAUAUAUCGUUUGUUUGGUAGAGAGAAGCCUGUUCAUAAGGUUCUCGGUGGUGGUUUACCGGCUGAUGUGUUCUUGUGGAGGGACAAAAAGCUCUCAGCUGCUGUUCUUGGUGUAGCCACGGCGAUAUGGGUUCUGUUUGAACUGGUUGAGUAUCAUUUCUUGAGUCUUGUUUGUCACAUUUUGAUAUUCGCUCUUGCAGCCCUGUUUUUAUUGUCCAAUGCUCAUGCCUUUAUGAACAAGACUCCACCUAAAAUUCCUGAAAUCAAUGUUAAAGAGGAACAUUUCCUUUUGAUUGCGUCUGCACUGAGAAACGAGCUGAACCAGGCCUUUGUCACCCUAAGGAGCAUUGCCUUAGGAAGGGACUUGAAGAAAUUUCUGAUGGUGGUUGUUGGACUGUGGGUAAUCUCUGUUGUGGGCAACUGGUUCAACUUCUUGACUCUGAUAUACAUCUGUUUUGUGGUGUUGCAUACAGUACCAAUGCUGUAUGAGAAACACGAGGACAAGGUAGAUCCAGUGGCAGAGAAGACGUUGAAGGAGCUGAAGAAACAUUACAUGGUGUUUGAUGAGAAGGUUCUUUCUAAGCUUCCUGUUGCUUCCCUUAAGGCAAAGUUGGGUUAGAGAGACUUUAGAGUGAAGCAAUCUCUUUCUUGACGUUUUCCUUUGUAUCUCGGGGCACUUUUGUGCGUGUUUACAUGGCCCGGAAAAGAAAAAAAGUUACUUUUCUUCAUAUCUUUUAUUUUGACUACAAUUUUUGUUUUUCCUUGUAAGUUAUUUUUCUUUUUGGCUAAUUCUUAAGUGAAUUCUGAGUUAAUCAAAAAUUGAAAAGAGA